CCGUGGCCAGGCAGCUGGUCAUUCUGCUCUGAAUAAUGUCGGGCAGAAAGCCCCGGUCGGUGGCAAACCCUCUGGAGUCUGCGAUCACCACACCCAGUGAGAGAAUACUGAAAGAAUGCCACAGUUUGUAUGUGGACAGCGAAAACGGCCUGGUGAAGAUCGCCAGCAGCCUAGGAGUCCGGCUCCUUCCUCCUAGAAAGAAGAUCAUUGUGAUGAUAAUGGGUAACCAUUCUGCUGGAAAGAGCUCCUUCAUUAACUGGUAUGUUGAGGAGCACAUUCAGAAAACGGGCGUUGCCAUUGAAACGCAGGGGUUUACCUUCAUCACAAGUGGCCGGAAAAGAGAAUCACUGACGGGGAAUGCCACACUUCAUCUCUACCCUCACUUUCGACCACUCCUCGAGUUCAAAGGUGUUAUGGACUACCUGUCUGCUGAGAUCUCCACCUCCAAGCAGAAGAAGUUCAGCCUGGUGACGUUUGUGGACACGCCGGGUUUGGUGGACGGGGACAUGAUCUACCCCUUUGAUGUCAACAGUGCCAUCACCUGGUUUGGGGAGCAGGCAGACCUGGUCUUCGUGUUCUUCGACCCCAUGGGCCAGGCGCUGUGCAAACGCACACUCAACAUCGUGGAGAAGCUGAGUGAGAAGUGUGGAGACAAGCUGCUGUUCUACCUCAGCAAGGCAGACGAGGCUGGGAAGGAAACAGACCGACAGAGGGUGAUGAUGCAGAUAGUCCAGGAACUUUGCCGCCGUCCAGGCCUCAACAAAUGUGGUUUUGAAAUGCCUACAAUAUACAUCCCCAACCCACAGAAGCCGAGUCGGUGUGUGAACCAAAUCGACGGGGUGUGUCAGACCAUAGAGAAGACCAUCAACCAGGCGGUUCAGAAAACCCUGGAUCAGCUCGAGAAAGACUGUGACCUCAUUUGCUCCACCAUCAGCAACAAACUCGCCCAGGACAGGGCCAGCGUGAGCUACAACAAAAGCGUCCGUCUCCACUCCUUCCUCUGUGGGGCUUUGGGAGUUUUCCUUCCCGUCCUCUUCAUCCUCAGCUUCGUUGUGAACGCGUUCUCCAAAGAGGAGCUGGACGAGCUGCUGGGAGAGGGUCCGGCCAAGACCCUCUCUGUCUUCACAGGAAUAGUGGCGUUUCUGUGGGACUGUAUUCCAGAAGAUGGACAAGUAGUGUUUGUAAUCAUCUUUGGUGCUGUGUGCUACCUCCUGUUAUUUCUAGCCAAGUAUUUUGCACGCCAAGGGAAUAAAACUCUGACAAAGAAAGAGAAGAGAAGCUUGGCAGAAUACAGUGAUUAUAUCCAGGAUGUUGUCAAAGCCAAGAAGGGUAAAAUGUAUGAAUGGUAUCUGCAGCAAUGUGCGGCUGAAUAUGACUUGUAAAACCGGGUAAGCUGAUGAAUGUUCUCCCAUGUUGGCAUUACUAAUGGAUUCAAGGUUUUUGCGAAAAGGGCUCACCUGCCACGGUAUGUCACUUGGUAUUUUUUAGUGUGAGCAGCAGGACAGAUGAUAAUCCUCCACAUAAUCAGGUCUUUCUGUUUUCUCAGUCAGGCAGGUAUGGGCUCAAAUGUAACAGAGUUAAACGCUGAUGUUAUCAUCUCAGACGCAGUCUUAGCGAUUUAAAAACACUAAAAAGUGCCUUUACCAUCAUUCAAAUACAGGGGAAGCUCUGACUGUAAUUGUUUGAUAAAAGCAAAUUUCAUAAUGUGAAUUGAUUUUUAUUUUCCUUCAGUGUUUGUAAUAAAUUAUUUUUUUAUCCGAGACGGCACUGAACUGUUUACGUGCAGACUACAAUUGUCUUAACGACUUCAGAAAUAAUUUGCAAUUGCCAACUGCCAGCAAAAAUCUUGUUGUAAUGUCCUCUGAAAGCCUGCUAAUGUUGUAAUUACCCAUGGUUUUCCUAUCUAUUGCACUGUCCUGAAGCUGUCACGUUAUCUUUACAAGGUACCAGAGUGUGCUGUGCCGUGUGUCUGUGCUCUGACCUUUCAAAAUUAUUAGCAGAACGACGAUAACCGAUGCUGUGAUGAUAGUUUGGCAUUAGAGUUGGACAUUGAAGGACUGAAUUUUAUCAGAUGUUUCCUUGCCGUCGGUAAGACCAGAUGUUCUCAAUGGGCGUCAGCUUUCUCCUGCCUCCAAAGAGUGUGUCCUACAGCUAGACAUCAACAUGUUGUUUCAUAUGGUCAGUUCUCAGACAUGUGUCCACAUACACCAUUGUUAUGUGAUGUUGUCUAAGGAAAACGCAACAAAGGUGUGGAAAAAAUGUUUCAGAAACUAUAGUGUAAUAGUAUAGUGGGACUCGUUUUAAAGUUAAUGAGCUGUGGAGUCUGUUAGUGCACUGAUGUGUAUUGUAUCCUCCUGUUGUGUUUACUCCUGUUAUUGAGUGAUGAGUGAGUCCCUUUUUUUCUCCAAGACAUUUGGUUGUAUUUGGGUGAGUGGAUCAACGCAAAUCAGACUCCACAUUUCAAUACUGUAGCUACAGUACCAUGAAAUGCCUUCACUCCAGUGUUUGCAGAUAUAUUUAUUCAUCUCAAGAGGUGUGUUCAGUACUUUUUACCCAAAUAAUGUAGAAGAAGCUGUUUGGGCUGUUUGCAAUAUGACUGUUUGUAUUGUGUACACAAUGUGUUAGAAAGCCUCUGAGGCAUCCUCAUGAUUAGAGAAUCAUCUCUGUCUCGUGUGCUACUUCAAUGAUAUAUUUGUCAAAUUUUACAUGUGAAUUCUGUGUAACUUUUCCAAAAACUGUUUUCUGAUUUUUAUGAAGUGUAGAGCAGCCUCUGCCAGCUGUCUUGGUAGUAUGUCUGUCUCUACCAUAAACCUGCAAACUACGCUCUGUCACAUCCUUUAAGAUAAUUAAACGUUUUCUAAUGACUCAGGUAUUUAUUACUCUGUUUUCCUGGUUAAUAAAGUCGUGAAUUUAUGCACAAA